UCAAAAAGUCAUUAGUUAGGUGUUUGUCAAAUAUUUUAUUUGUCAUAAACUUAUACCCUGUUUUAUAUAAUUUUUUAGAAAACUGAUCAUUACAAGCUAUAAAUUCUCAAGUUGUGUCGUCAUGUAAUUGACUUAUUCUUCAACUGCGUAUAACAAAUUGUCUUUGAAGUGUAGAUAACCUAUGGUAACAUUUUUAGUAAAUUGUACACACCAUUUAACGAUUUUUCUGCAAAAUUCGUUAAUAUUGUUAAGUGAAAUAGAUUCACCGAGGUUUCAUAUCCCUAGACCUAAUGCAUUGUUAAGAAAACUCUAUAUAAUAGUUAGGUUAAAUAUCAAUAAAACAAAUUUUAUCAACCGUCAACCCAAACUCACGUGCGCAGGAUUAUGGAAGCAGAGAAAGUAUUUUCAACAGGUUAAACAUAUCGAGUAUGUUAACUUUAAAAAAUGGGAUUAUUUUAAUGUCAGCAGGUUGGUUGAUGAGAAAAACAAAAUGACUUCUAAUGUAUCAAGUAAAACGGAUACCCAUAAUCAAAACAAUCCAAAGGUAUCUGAUAUUAAAUGCACCGACGAAAGAAACAAAGCGUCUAAAUCAAGCUCCAGCAGUCGAUCCACGGUAUCUACAAAACAUUUCAAAAGCAAAAUACCAGUCUCAAAAUUUCGUCCAUCACCCACAAGCUCAAGAGAGAGUUUUUCAAUCCAAAAUCGAAAAUUCAAAAAGGAUUUAAAUUCGAAAAUAGGAUCCAUGAAAUCUGGAAGAGUAUACAAGAAACGUGUCAGUUCAGAUAGUUCCGACACAGACACCAAAAAUCGUCAUCCACUGAAAGGUUUUCCUAAACAGUCGGCGUCUAAGAAACCAAGAAUUGACGGUAAAUCUUCUGAAGGAGUGUCUGAAGCUUACAGAAAUAAACGUUUUGAUAUAACAGAAUCUGAAUUUUCUGAAGCAUCCGAAUGUAAUUAUGAAAAACACUGUUUAUGCAGCGCUAAAGUCAACGAGACUUUGUUGGAAGAAUCCGCUUCUCAAGAAAAGAAAGAAACCAAAGAAGUGAAUUUAUUCCCCCAAAUAUUUCAGAUAUAUUGUUCUGAAAGUACCACUCAUGCUUUGCCUGAACUUCACAAAAGUUCCGCUGACCUAGGAAAUCCGUUCCUGAAGGAGGCCGAUAAGAAUUCUGAGUUUGAUUUGCAACUAAAUGUGGAUAAACAAUGUAUUUCAGACUUGUACAGCACAAUUUGUAAUCAACAAGCCUUAAGGGAGAAACAGCUUGAACUGGCUUCACCGGAAUACCUUCACAACAGUAUUUGCAAACUUAAUAAUACAAUAAAGGUGCUGUUAACUGAGAAAGGGGUUAUGCAAGAGACUAUUUAUAGUCUCCAAAGCCAAAUAUCCAAAUUAUUUACGGAUGCGGAAGAAUCAAAGAAAUGUGUUCAGAUGUAUAAAGAAAAAUACGACGAGGUGUUGAAGGAAAAAGAGAUGCUCCAGCAAGAUUUUACUCAAUCGAAAGGAUCCAUAUUGGGUCUUGAAACUGCAACAUCGAAACUAUGCGAAGUGAACAAGGACAUAACAGCAAUGUAUGAGAAUUUAGUAAAAGAUUACGAAAACAGCAAGGAGCAGAACGAAAAAAUUAAAGCAGAAUUAACAAAUGAAGUCAGAGAACUGACUUGUAAGUUAGAAGAGAAAGAUAAAUCUGCUGAAGAAUUGAAAUUGUCGUUAAAAGAAAAGGAUAUGGAAAUUAAAAUACUUGAAAAACAAAAAAGUGAAUUGUCAACGCAACUUACUGAAGCUAAAACCACCAAAUCAAACUCUUUCCAUUUAACAAAAAGUUGUCAAACAGACAAUAACGAAAAAAAUGCUGGGUUAGAUGUACGAGCGGAAUUAAGUAAAGUUAAAAAGGAGUACUCGUUAAGCAAAAAGAAUAUUUCAGAAAUGCACUCAGAACUCGGAAACUUACAAGAGCAAGUGGAGAAGUUGAAGCUUGAAAAGUUGAAUGAACUGCGUAUAUAUAAGUGUCAUAUGGAAAAAGUGAUAAAAUAUAAUGAAGACGAGAAGACGAGCCUGCUAAACGAAAUUGAAAAUUUAACGAAACAAGUAGAAGUUUUACAUUUGAAACUAUUAAAUGAAAAGCAGUCACAUGAUGAAUUAUCUAAAGUACACAAGGAAUUGGCCGAAAAACUUCUAAGAGCAGUAAGACUUCUAAUCGAUGAGAAGCUAGCGCGGCAAGCAACUGAAUCGAAAGUUGUGGAAUUGUCGCAAAAAAUGUUAACGUUACAGUCAGAUAAGCAAUUAAUCGAACAGAAAGCGCAGUCUAUUACAAACGAAUUUUCAUGCUUAAAAGGAAACGUUGAUGAACUAACGAAGGACAAAAGAUCAUUACAAGAGGUUAUCUCGAAAUUACAGNCGAUUCCCGAAGGGGAUUCGAAAAUUGAAACUGAAAGUUAA